CGAGGACACGCCGCAUUCCGCAGGCGAGCUCAAGCUGCGAUUGGACCGUCGGCAGAACAAGCUUGCACGCGACCGGGCAACAUUUCCCGCUGCUGCUGCUGCUGCUGCCAACAAGAGGCGACGAUAUAUCCACCGUACCAAGGGCGAGCUCCAUCCGCGAUCUGUGUGCCCCGUCGUCCGCCGGUGCUGUGGCUUAAUUCUUGGACCUCGACGAUGGGGUUCCACCUGCUUGCGUUCGUGGCGGCGAGGGGGCUCAUGCAGGUGUUCAACCUCUCGGCGCCGCUCAACCGGCGGCUGCCGCUCGCGCGCCACCUUCCUGAGGCCUUCGCCGUCCUGUACGGCGUGCUCGCCUCGCACGCCGCGUGGCUCAACGACGCCCUGGCGCGCGGCGCCGCCUGGAGGCACAGCGGGAGCCGGGGUGGCGUCGACGAGUACGUCCGAUACGCCAUGCUCAGCAUCUCCGACUGAUCUGACGCGCGCGCGCACCGGCGGACGGAUCGGCCGACGGCCAGGCGCAAGUGCAUGCCGCCCGGCCUUUUGCUAGCUUAGCUAUUAGGGUGUAGCUCUUCCUUUCCCCCCUUGUGAUUCCUUGUGCAUUGCUCGAGCGAGCGUUUGGUUCCUUCCUGAUCGUAGCAUGAUUUUUGGUAGCGUUCAAAAAAAAUUGGUAGAUUGUUGUAACAUAUAACAUGCAAUGCAACCGUGGUUUGUAAAAGGUGAAUUUUGUUCGACUGAAAAUUUUCUCAUCAGGUGGCGAACUAUUGAUGGCCACCGCUCCA